UAAGAAAACAUGAAGAAGGCUUGCUAAUUGCAACCUCCUCAUCAUUGUAUAUUGCUGAUGUUUGAUAUCAGAGAAGUUGAAGUGGAUUCUUGAAUUUUCCAUUCAGCUAUUCUCUCUUCAUUUUCUUCUUAGGCUUGCGAGUUUCUGGUGAUCACUGCAGUUGUUGAAACAAUUUAAUGGCAGCUGAAUGUUCAAUUUAUGACCACAACAACUAUAGAAACGUGCGUGGAUGAGCGAUCUGUAGAAGAAAGGGCAAUAGAUGAUUGGCUUCCAAUCACUUCUUCAAGGACAGCAAAAUGGUGGUAUUCAGCUUUCCACAAUGUCACUGCUAUUGUCGGAGCUGGAGUUCUUGGUCUCCCUUAUGCCAUGUCUGAACUCGGAUGGGGACCUGGAGUGGCAGUCUUGGUCGUAUCAUGGAUCGUCACUCUCUACUCUUUGUGGCAAAUGGUAGAGAUGCACGAAGUCGUGCCUGGAAAACGUUUCGACAGGUAUCACGAGCUUGGACAGCAUGCUUUUGGUGAAAAGCUCGGUUUGUGGAUUGUGGUGCCUCAGCAGCUAAUCGUAGAAGUUGGAGUCGACAUAGUCUACAUGAUUACGGGAGGCCAAUCGCUCAAGAAAUUCCACGAUUUGGUUUGCGAUGAUUGCAAAGAUAUCAAGCUUACUUACUUUAUCAUGAUCUUUGCCUCUGUCCACUUUGUACUCUCCCAACUUCCCAGCUUCAAUUCAAUCUCCGGUGUGUCCUUGGCAGCAGCAAUUAUGUCCUUGAGUUACUCUACAAUUGCAUGGGGUGCAUCAGUCGACAGGGGCGUGCAACCAGACGUGCAAUAUGGGUAUAAAUCAAAGAGUACCGCUGGUACUAUUUUUAACUUCUUCAGUGGGCUGGGCAGUGUCGUUUUUGCCUACGGUGGUCACAAUGUCGUGAUGGAAAUUCAAGCUACUAUGCCUUCAACAAGGGAGAAGCCUUCCAAGAAACCUAUGUGGAGGGGAGUUGUUGUUGCUUAUAUAGUCGUUGCCAUCUGCUAUCUCCCUGUCGCACUUAUUGGAUACUGGAUGUUUGGCAAUGAAGUAAAGGAAAAUAUUCUCAUCACAUUACAGAAGCCUAAAUGGCUCAUUGCCAUGGCUAACAUGUUUGUUGUGGUUCAUCUCAUUGGAAGCUAUCAGGUGUAUGCAAUGCCGGUUUUUGACAUGAUGGAAACUGUGCUUGUAAAGAAACUCGAUUUCAGCCCAACAUGGUAUUUGCGCCUUAUCUCAAGGACUAUCUAUGUUGCUUUUACAAUGUUUAUUGCCAUCACUUUCCCUUUCUUUAAUGGGCUUCUUGGAUUUUUCGGAGGAUUUGCUUUUGCGCCAACCACAUACUUUCUUCCCUGCAUCAUAUGGCUUGCUAUCUGCAAACCAAGGAGAUUCAGCUUAUCUUGGUUCGCGAAUUGGGUUUGCAUAAUCUUUGGGGUCAUUCUGACGGUUGUUGGACCCAUUGGAGGGUUGAGGCAAAUUAUACUUCAAGCAAAAACCUAUAAGUUUUAUGUAUAAGCACAGAUGGCGCUGGGUUGCUGCCAAUUUUCUGUCAACAAUUGUUCUUG